AUGGCUGCCCCGCCAGCGCUCACGAUCGUCCCAACUGCUGCUGCUCCCUUGGCCCCCGCGCUGGCCGCCAAGCCCACAGUCUCACCGUCUCCCGGACCGGGCACUCCCGGAAGCGUCACUUCGAAGGAAUGGGUGAUCCCCCCGCGCCCCAAGCCAGGCCGCAAGCCAGCCACCGACACGCCCCCCACGAAACGCAAGGCACAGAAUCGCGCCGCUCAGAGAGCCUUUCGCGAACGUCGAGCCGCCCGUGUGAACGAACUCGAGGAACAGAUCAAGUGCAUUGAAGACGACCAUGAGAUCCACGUCGUAACUUUCAAGGAACAAAUAUCAACACUCUCUCGGGAGCUUGAGCAGUGCCGGAAUGAAAUGUCCUGGUGGCGUGACCGGUGCCACGCCUUGGAAAAAGAGGUCUCUGUCGAGCGGGCAGCGAGGGAAACCCUGGUGAAGGAGUUUCGUUCGAGUUUGCCGGAGAAGAACUCUUCUUCCGCAGUGCCUCUGCCUCCUCGUAGGUCCCCGAGGGCCCCGAGAGCAAACCAUGCAAGAGAACCGUCCAGAAGCAGUAGCCAACCCGAACAGGAAGAAGUUCCGUUGGGUUGUAGCAGUUGUUCUACCUCGCACUGUCAAUGCAUUGAAGACGCUUUUGCCAUGCCGGGCAUCGAGAUGAAGGACCCGCAGUCGAGUCGCCUGGCAUUGGACCCUGAGCCAAAGAUUAAACCCGAGCCCGAGGAGAUGGAGAUUGACUUCACCACCCGGUUUGCCGCUCCCCACCACGAAGACACCGUCAGCCCCGUCGCAAGUCCCCCAGUCGACCCCUGCGGUUUCUGUACCGAUGGUACCCCCUGCAUUUGCGCAGAAAUGGCUGCUCAGGAGGAACAGCGUCGACGGGGUACGGGGUUUGAGAGCAAUCGUUUAGCACCGAUCCAGAUGUCUCAAUUCACACCUCCACCAUCUGAAAGCGACGUCCGCUCAGAAGUCACCCUACCAUCAAUCGGCCAGGCCACGAACCCCUGCGCAAACGGACCGGGCACAUGCGCCCAAUGUCUUUCUGAUCCUCGACGAACUCUGUUCUGCAAGACCCUAGCUGCUUCUCGAUCCGCCAGUGGCACACCAACAGGAUGUUGCGGCGGCAAAGGGGCGGACGGCGGAUGUUGUCAGACUCGCGCCGCGCCUCCAGCUCCUCGCCCUGAACCUGCAUCAGCACCUUCACCACUUACCCUCUCCUGUGCUGACGCGUUCACCACUCUUUCCCGCCACCCGAACUUCUCUCGCGCUAGCGAUGAACUCUCCUCCUGGCUACCAAAGCUCCACACCCUCCCCAAUCCCAAAGAAGUCAGCAACGCUGCCGCGUCUCGAGCCGCAAUGGAAGUCGAGGCCGCCAGUGUUAUGGGCGUUCUACGCUACUUUGACCGAAGAUUCGCGGACAAAUAG